UAUAAAAGGUUAGGAACUUAAAGUCCAUGAAAUUUUCAGUACCUUCAGAAAUUAUUAAGUAUGCAUCAAAUUAUUUAACUGAUAUACAACUUAAACUAUUUGCUUCUCAAAUUAGACUUGAGAAAGUGAUGAAAAAGGGACGACGAUAUACCAAAACGGAUGCAUCUUUUGCAUUAGUACUGCAUCACAAAAGCCCAAAAGCAUACAGGUUCAUGUCAAAGAUCUUUGCAUUGCCUGCAGUAAGAACCUUAAGGUCCUGGCUCCACAGCUUUGAAUUUAAAAUAGGUUGGAAUGAGUGUAUUUUCAAGCAGUUGAAAGAGAAGGCUGACAUCAUGGAUAAGAAGGACAGGGUGUGUGUGCUGAUGUUUGAUGCAGUUGCCAUAAAGUCUGGCCUUUACUACAACACUAGUAAGGACAAGAUGGAAGGUAUAGAGGAUUUAGGUAUGUAUGGGAGGUCAGACAAGGUUGCAAAGUAUGCAAUGGUAUUCAUGGUAAGGGGUCUGGCACACAAAUGGAAGCAAACACUUGGAUAUUUUCUAUUGAACAGCAGCAUCAAGCCUGACACCCUCAAGAAUAUGAUCUUAAACUGCCUUACCAAAUUGCAAGAGGCUAAUCUGAUACCAAAGGACAAGAUGAAUAUCAGACUGGCUCCCAAGUUAACUGACAAGCAUAUCUACUGUAACACUUUUGAUAAAAUGCGAGUAUGCAUGGCAACACAGGUUUUCAGCAGAACAGUUGCAGCUGGAAUUGACACUCAUUCAUCCCUAGGAUCACUUCCUAAAGAUGCAGCAACCACAGCAACUUUUAUUUACAAAAUGGAUAUGCUUUUUGAUUGAUUUAAUAGCAACAAUAUUAACCACUAUAAAAAUAGCAAAUGUGCCUUUACUCAAUAUAGCCUGGAGCAGCUAAGUGAUCUGGAUAGCUGGAUAAGGAG